AUGUCGUUUUCCUUUGGCUUCACCAAUAAUGAGUUGAGUGACGAUGAGUUGGUUGAUACUGAUACCAAGUCAAACUUGAAUACGAUAAAUAGUGUUCCAGAUGGUCUACAUAAUGAAUUGCCAUUGUAUGCUGAAUGGCUAACAUCACCAGACAUCGCACAACCAAAAAUAAUAUCCCUAAAUGAACUUUUGGAUUCUCUCAGAGGUGUUAGAUUAACUUUUGAAGUAAUGUUCACCCCAAACAAGAAUGUAAGGUUAUAUAGAAGAGAACUGUUCGAUGUAAAGCACCAGUUGAUGUCUGAAGCUACAGAUGUCUAUGAAGCCAACACUUCCAACACUGAGCUGGAAAUCCUAAUGGGAGAUACAAAUGAAGAUUUAAGAAAAAAUGUCUAUGAAGGCGGUCUCAAAUGUUGGGAAUGCUCCAUAGAUCUGGUAGACCACUUGGCCUUAGGAUCAUCAGCCUCAGGUAAAUCUAUCAUAGAGCUAGGUUGUGGAACAGCUUUACCAGCACAGUACUUGUUUUCCUCCUACUUGUCUAGCGAUGACAGAAAUGGGCUUAGAAUCCUUUUGAGUGACUACAACGACUCUGUACUUCGACUAGUUACUUUACCAAAUCUGAUUGUUUCCUGGGCGAAACAUGUCUUAAGCGAGGAACAGUGGGCAUCACUUCAACGGAUGCAAAAUGAAGAUACACCAGUUCAUGCGGACGAGUUACUUCUAACCGAUGAAGUCCUUGCAGCAUUCAAAAAGGACAUGGAAAAUAGGAGAAUUGAGCUUUCCUUCGUUUCUGGAACCUGGUCUAUUGCUUUUGUUAACCUAUUACGAGAACACCAAUGGUCGCCAUCAAAAGAUCUUGUAAUAUUGACAUCAGAGACGAUAUAUCAACCUGAUACGCUGCCUAUAAUUGCCGAUCUAAUACUUGAGCUUAUGUCAACGAAUAAAGCACAAUCUCAAUCUGUUAUUGCAUAUGUUGCUGCUAAAGAUAUUUAUUUCGGCGUUGGAGGUAGCAUUAUUGAAUUUGAACAUUAUGUGAGGGAGCAGAUACAUAAGAACGGGAUAGCUCUUAAAAUGACCUCCAGUAAGGUUAAUACAGGGCUCAAGAGAUCUAUAGUAACAUUAGAAUAG